AUGAAGAGGAAGAGAAGAAAGUUUCUAAUAGAAAGAUUGCUCAAUGCUGAGUCGACGUCGGAAAAAGGACCUCAGCUAGAGCCUAGCGGAAGUGACUUUGAUACGUCCGCGAAGACGUCCGCGAAGCAGGUUGAGUCAUUGCUACACAAGCCAAUAAGCGACAUUCCCGCACCUGUGCCUUCACCUGCUACUGAUCUCUUAUUAUCCGAGCUUAAUGACGAAGAGGCUGAUGAGCUACUUGCUGCUGGAGCUGAAGCCCUCAAUAGUACUCCGUCUAAAUCGCCUGCUAGGAGAGCUGGGGGAAGCGCACAUGGUAGAACCUUCAUGCCUGCUUGCAUUUCGCUCGAGAAGGACAUGGAGGCUGAUUUUGGGACGCUUACCGCUUUACAAUUGCCGCCUGACCGCGAGGGUGUCGGAGGAGCGGUGGAGUCGCUGGAGGCUGCGGAAGAGCGGCGAUCUAGCGGCUUUUGGGCGGUGGACGAUCCGGUUACGAUGGAGCUGGCUGGCCGGCGGUGA